CCUUUGCCCUACAUUUCGCCUCCCCCGCCUUUGGCUAUUCCGCGCACCUUGAAGCAGUCGAUCGAAAGUGUUUUCUCUCUCUAGCUCGCUAUUCGCAAUUUGCCGGCUCCUUCUUCGAUCAUCAAUGGCCGACAACACCGUCUUUGAUUCUCGCCCUAAUCUGAUAUCGAAAGAUGUGCCAGGAUCUGAUAAUUCCAUUCCGCUCUCACCUCAGUGGCUUUUGACCAAACAAGUGGAAAAUAAGUCUGGGGUAGUUGCUGGGGACAACCAUUUCAAUCCACUUCCAGGUCAUGCUAACCAUCCUCUUACUACAAAAGUAACUGGAACAGGAGAUGAUUUGGCUGGAAACCAUAAGAAGAAAGAUGUUUUUCGUCCUUCUGUGCUGGAUAUUGAAUCUGGUCGCCGUGCCUUCUGGCGUGAUGAAGAAAGGGACACUAAUGCCCCUGUCCGUAGGGACAGAUGGAGAGAGGGGGAGAGGGAGCACAGCGACAAUCACAGGGUGGAUCGCAAGGUUGAGCCUUCUGGGAGACAUCAAGGGGAAGUGCGCCGUGCCCCAGUAGAGCGGUGGACUGAUUCAGGGAACAGAGACAAUAACGAUCAACGCCGUGAAAGCAAAUGGAAUACAAGGUGGGGGCCUGAUGACAAGGAAAUUGAUGGAGGGCAGAAGUGGAUGGACUCCAAGAAAGAAGAUGAUGUUCUUGAUAAAGGGUCCUCUCAACUUUCUGAGCAUGGAAAGGAUGAAAGGGAUGGAGAUCAUUAUCGACCAUGGAGAUCUUACUCGUCCUACAGUCGUGGUAGGGCAGAUGCACACCAACCACCAUUGGCCCCAAACAAACAUGUUCCUACAUUUUCACUUGGCCGGGGACGUACUGAAAACCCUGCUCCUAACUUUUCCCUUGGAAGGGGAAGGACUAAUUCUGGUGGAAGUUUGUCUACCCAUAACUCCUCUAAUUUGCAGCCUCAUGGAUCUCUAUUAGAAAAAGGUGAAAGUGGGGAUGGUGGGCCUUAUUCUUUAAGCUAUAGCCGGGCAAAGCUGAUUAAUAUAUACAGGACAACUGAUGUGAUAAGUCAUGGGAAAUAUUUAGAAGGUGGUGUUCAAGUACCUUCACUAACACAAGAUGAAUUUAUUGAACCACUGGCCUGUUCUGAGCCUUCCCCAGAGGAGUUGGUUGUUCUGAAGGGAAUUGACAAUGGAGAAAUCAUUAGCAGCGGUGCUCCACAGGUUAGUAAAGAUGGCUCUGCUGGCCGAACCACUGGUGGCUUUAUGCAGUCGAGACGGAACAGACUUGAUUCGAAAGAUGAUCUUCCCAUGUAUGACAACAAACAUGAAGCAUCAAACAACACUGAGGGUUAUUUCAAUUAUUCCGAAGGCCUGUCCCAUGAAAAGCAGCCCUACCAUCGACCUGGCACUAAAGCUGAGCCAACACAGGAAUAUCAGACUCUUUCUAAUAACAAGUUGACUGCUGGAGCAUUGCGAGGGGAUGCUGCUAUUCAAAGGAAGAAUGAGGAUGUUACAGCUGCUAGGGAAUCCAGUGCACCAGAAAAAUCUUCUGUCCUUCGUGCCGGUUCAUGGAGAUCCUCAUCAUUUGCAGAACACACACGUGCUACUACUGAUUGGCGGGAGACAUCAACAGAUGUUCAGAAUAAUUAUAAGAAUGUCUGGGGAUCUGGCUUGAUGGCUUCGCCUAACACUAAAUUAGGAGGACCCAAGUGGCAGGUUAGUGAUGAUCUGAUUAUGAGACGACAGCAAUCUAUUCCAAUUGAUAGGGAGAUGGAAUCACUUAAGCUGUCUCAGACACCUCCGGAAGACCUAAUUCUUCUCUAUAAAGAUCCCCAAGGUGAAAUUCAAGGGCCCUUCUCAGGGAGUGAUAUCAUGACAUGGUUUGAGUCUGGAUAUUUUGGCUUAGAACUGCAAGUACGUUUGGCAAGUGCACCAGCUGACUCCCCCUUCUCCUUACUUGGAGAUAUGAUGCCCCAUUUACGUGCCAAGGCUCGUCCACCUCCUGGAUUUACUGCACCAAAGGCAAACGAAAUCCAGGACAUGUCUGGUAGAUUAAACUUCAGCAGUUUUGGAAAGCUUCAUGGCAUUUCAAGCGAGGCUGAGGUGUUAAAAAAUGAUCCAAGAUACAGGCAUGGUUCUACGACAGAUGCUGAAAAUAGGUUUUUGGAAUCAUUGAUGGCUGGUGGUAUGACUAAUAUGCCCCAUGAGAAGUUUACUCUUUCAGAAGGUUUGCAGGCUCAAGGUGGUGAUAAUACUUUUGCCUACCCUUCGAUUGGAUCCAACAGUGGAGAUGACCCUUAUUUAUUGGCCCAGAAGUUAACUCUAGAGAGGCAGAGAUCUCUACCAAAUCCUUAUGCCCUUUGGCCUGGAAAAAAUGUUGUUUCUGUUGAUGCAAAGGCGGAUGUUGUGAAUGAGGCAUCACUGGCGCACUCAAAGCUGCUAGGAUCUCUUACUGACUCUGCUCUGGCCCAGCAUCAUUCUCUGAGUGUGGAUUCAAUACCUAAUCUCCAAGGUUUAUCUGAUCCUACUGCCUCCAAGGUUGGUCGCUUGAAUUUACCCAUUCAGCAGGGGUUGGGUCAACUUCAGGAUAAGUUGGACAUUCAUAACAUGCAAAACUUUGCUUCACAAUCUGGAAUGGGAAUGCAGCAGCAGAUGCUACCACCACAGAGUCCUUCAGUAACUAAUCUAUUAGGCCAAAUGGACAAUCCUUCCAAUAUUUUAACUCCAGAAAAGCUCAUUCCAUCUGCUAUUGCUCAAGAUCCACAGGUACUGAAUCUGUUGCAACAGCAGUACUUAUUGCAAUUGCAAUCCCAGGCCCCUGUUGCAGCACAGCAGCUCUCAGUUCUGGAUAAGCUCCUGUUGCUUAAGCAGCAGCAAAAACAAGAACAGCAGCAGCAGCUAUUACUCCAGCAGCAGCAAUUGCUUUCACAAGUGCUGGCUGAGCAUCAUCACAACCAACAGCUGGGUGAGGCAUCAUUUUCUCAAUUGCAAACUGGUGGUUUUCCCACAGGGAAUAUUAAUCUUGAUCAACCCCAUUAUCAAAGCCCGAAUGAGUUUCGUGUUGGCUCACAGUCCCAAGCUCUCAGUGACAACACAAAGGCUGGUGAUAUUCUUUUGCCUCCUGGUGAUUCUCAGGAAUUCAGCUUAAAAGCUGGUUCAGGCGCUUCAAUGCUGCUACCUCAUCAAUAUUUUCCGGAAAUUGCUCGUAAUCAGAACUUGAAUGUGACUCUUCCGGAGCAAAUUAUUGAGCAACAUGAGAGUUUUAGCACAGAAGCUGGUGUGGAUUUGUCAUCAAAUUUAGAGAAGGAUAGUAAUUAUGGUUCACAACAAAUGCCAAGUCAUGGUGUAUCUGUUAAUGUGCCAACCCCUGACACUAGAAGCAUAGCAAUCACUGAACAUAUGAAAAAAUCAAAUUCGCUGCAGAAAUUGGAAGCUGACCUUGGAAAUGUGGGACCUGUUCAAGAAAAGAUAGAGCCCUUGGUAGAGAAACCAUUGAGAGAACUUGAUGACGCACGAGAUGGAGAAGAACAUCACAUUGUUGAUUCACCUGUGACCAAAGAUGUGAAAAUUCCUGAAUCAAGGGAAGUUAAAAAAAUGUCAGAAAAGAAAUCAAAGAAGCAGAAGGCUUCAAAGGUUUCUAAUGACACAGCAAGGGGAGUUUCUAAGUCACAACUCUCGAAGGCAUCAGAAAUUGAUGAAACAAGCUCUGGCAAUGCCAAGUUGCAGACAUUUUCUUCAGAGAAGGAGAAAAGUAAGGCCAAUAAAGUUACUGAUGAUAUUAGUUCUUUGACAAAUCAAACUUCAUUGCCUUCCCUUGUUCAUGAUGGUCAUGUGGAAAUUGAGGCAAAGGCACCGCCUGCGCAAGUUGCCCAAGUUUCACAGCUGAAAACAGACGCAAAUGUUGGACGCGUAUGGAAUCCCGCCCCUGGUUUUAAGCCCAAAUCAUUACUGGAAAUCCAGCAGGAAGAGCAGAGGAGAGCACGAGAAGAGAUGGAAGCCUCUGCUGUCUCCACAUCUGUGAGGUCCAUGAGCAGCUCAACACCUUGGGCAGGUGUGUUUGCGAAUGCAGAGAAUAAGGCAUCCAAUGAAAUUCGACAGGAUGCUGCUGGCCUAGAGUUGAAAGUUUCCAAAGAUAAUUUGUCAAUUCUGAAGAACAAGAAGAGCCAAGAAGAUCUAUUUUGGGAUACUGAUGUUUCCAAGUGUGGUGACCAAGUAGUGGACAUUUCUGAUGGUGUAUCUGUAGCUCCUUUAAGCUCAUCUUUGACUUCCCAAAUUGAUUCAGCUGCUGAUGGUGAGUUUAUUAGUGCUAAAGAUGCUAAGAAGAGCCGCAAAAAGUCUGCCAAGGCUAAAAGUACAGGAGCCAAAGCUGCUCCUUCAGUUCCUGAUGUGUCUAUUGGAUCUAGCUCUACAGAUAAGUUAAAACAUGCUCGCCAGCAGCAGCAGCAAGAUGAUGUCUUACCUGCUAGACCAUCUGGCCCUUCCUUGGGGGAUUUUGUCCCCUGGAAGGGAGAGUCUGCAAGUCCUCCCGCUGCUGCUUGGUCCAUGGAUUCUGGGAAACACAAUAAACCAGCUUCAUUGCGAGACAUUCUUAAGGAGCAAGAAAAACGGGAGUCUUCAUUGCUGAUGCCAACUCCAAAGCCUUCAGUGAAUCAAACUACACGUGGAACUGGUCCACACUCCUCAUCUCCUGCAAAGGCGACAACAACCUUACCUGCCAACUCACAAGCUUCCACUCAAUCAAAACAUAAAGUUGAAGACGAUCUUUUCUGGGGCCCAAUUGAGCAACCAAAGCCUGAGGGCAAUAAGUCAGGAUUUCCUCAACUUGGAUCACAGGGCAGCUGGGGAAGCAAAAGCGGCACUGCAAAAGGUACUCUUGGAGGGUCACUGAAUCGGCAGAAGACUUCUGGUGUCAAGUCUGCAGAUUACUCUCUUCCUGUUUCAGCUACCUCUGCUCAGUCAUCCCAGAAAGAGAAAAAAUCGGCCAUAACGAAGAGUUCAGAGGCUAUAGACUUCAGAGUGUGGUGUGAGAGUGAGUCCAACAGACUUCUUGGCUCUAAAGAUACAAGCAUCUUGGAAUAUUGUUUAAAGAUAUCAAGAUCUGAGGCAGAGACACUCCUGGUAGAGAAUCUUGGUUCCUUAGACCCUAACCGUGAGUUCAUCGACAAGUUUCUGAAUUACAAAGACUUUUUGCCUGCGGAUGUUCUUGAAAUUGCAUUCAAGGAUCGGAAUGAUCGAAAGGCCACAGCCUUGGGGAUGGGAGAUAUGACUUCCGAUCAUGCAGAUGCUGGUAUCUCUGACCUUGCAGGCGCUGCUAGCGACAGUGCUACUAAAGGGGGGAAAAAGAAAGGGAAAAAAGGAAAGAAAGUGAGCCCAUCAAUUCUGGGAUUCAAUGUGGUUAGCAACCGCAUCAUGAUGGGAGAGAUUCAGACACUUGACGACUAAGCAGGUAAUAGAUGAACUGUAAAUACAAGACUGUAAAUGUUUUUGAGGCGGCCAGCUAGGAUCUUCAACUCCUCUCUAUAGAGAAGUCCCAGUAACCAGUAUACCUGCUCAAGCAAUUUUGUGAAGUUGUCUCCGACUGUAGGUUGGUUAUAAUUUAUUUCAAUAGUUCGGAGAUUGAAUCUGCUCUUGCCUUGGGGCUUAAUCUAUACUUCCCCAUGACAUAUCAUCAAUUGAUACCCUUUUCAUCCAAGAUUUUGAAAGUUGUUUCAGUUUUUCAUGAAAUGAAACCCUGGGAUGGACAUAUUAUAGAGCCAGUUCAUAAUCUGAAAGAGUUCUGUUGGUAUUUCUUGAAUUAGGGUUGUUAUAUGCUAUUUUGUGGCAAUUUGAAAAAAUACUAGUCCUAGUGGGGCACAAUAUAAUUGCAUAUAUGCAUGUGCUGUGGUGGUAGAGUAAUGUGACAUCUUCAGCCACUGUGACUGCCCUGGGAGUGUCAAAAUAUACCUGACAAAGUUUGUGGCGUGUACAUAAAGCAUCAAGAAUUUCAUGGGUAAAGUUAGAAACUUUUUAUGCCUCAGUUGUUGUCAUAGAUUCCAACUGGUACCAAUUUUAUUUUUGUAUGUUUUUCUUUGGAAGAGCAUAGCUGGUCCAACUGGAUAUGCACAAACUUUUAGCUUUAUAGAAAAGUUUCCCUAUCUAUUUA